AUGGCCAUGACCACAGUUCAAAACAAGCCAUGCCAGGGCCACCAGCACUUGGAGAAGCACCAAGUGCUGGUGGCUCACACAGUUGUGCAGCCUCGCAAACCCUCUAGCAUCCCGAUCAGAGUCUUUAACCCUAGGGCUACAGCUGUUACCUUAAAGUGGAGUGCAGUGGCUGGGGUUCUUCAGCCUGUGAAAGUCCUGGAGGGGUCAGGGAAUCACCCACCAAGGGUCUUGGCAGUCCUCGAGAUUGAUAGCACUGCCCCUGCUCCUGUCCCAAGCCAUUGGCAGACCCUGUAUGCUGAGAGCAGCCCCGGUUUCACACACGUUGCCCAUUGCGGACUGGCAGGCCUGCUGAGGUCCUAUGGUGAUGUCUUCUCCACUGGCCCAAAUGACCUUGGUCGCAUCAGUGUCAUCCAGCAUCACAUCUUGACCAUGCCAGGGCCACCAGAUACCCUUGACACGGUUUCUACUGCCAAGUACUUCAGUACACUAGACCUGACAUCAGGAUACUGGCAGGUAGAGAUGGCCUCCAAAGCCCGAAAAGAUAAGAUACCUUUACGGGUUAGCACCCAGAUGCUGGAUCGGCUCGAGCAAGCGUUCAUCAGAUUGCGUGGAGCCAACCUAAAACUGAAGCCAUCUAAAUGCUGCCUGUUCCGGGAGCAGGUUGCCUAUCUGGGCCAAAUCAUCUCUGCUGGAGGCACCAUGAACAACACAGCAAACCUGACCUCUCAUCAAGAUUUGUGGCGCAAUGUGACGGUUGCAAACACCACCUCAUUUUACCGUCCUGCUGUGGACCCAGUGAUUGGCAAUGUCAUUACAGUAAUGUUUACAAUCAUAAUCAUCAUCACCAUGGUUUCACUUGGAUGCACCAUGGAGGUGUCUAAGAUCAAGAAUUACAUCAUGAAACCUAAGGGGUUGGCUAUUGCAGCUAUGGCCCAGUAUGGGAUCAUGCCUCUUACAGCCUUUUGCUUAGUUAAGGGGUUCCAGUUGAGUGAUAUAACAGGUGUGGUUGUUCUGGUAUGUGGCUGCUGUCCUGGAGGAAUUUUCUCCAACUCCAUGGCUCUGGCUAUACAGGGGGACAUGAACCUCAGCAUCGUGAUGACUUCCUGCUCUACAAUGUUGGCUCUGGGUAUGAUGCCUCUCCUGCUCUACAUCUACUGCCAGGGUUUCCCCAGCGUGCAGAACGCUGUCCCUUAUGGUGAAAUUAUGUUAUCGUUGGUCUUGAUCCUUGUUCCGUGUAGCAUCGGCAUCGUCAUCAAGACCUACAGGCCACAGUACUCAAAGAAGUUCACAAAGGUAGGCAUGAUUAUAAUGCUGAUUAUACUUAUGGGGACCUUGAUCUUAAUCGCUUUUGGAAGCGGACAUAUCAUCCUGACUAUGAUGUCUCCUUCACUCUUGGCCAUCGCUGGUCUCAUGCCUUUGAUGGGCUACUGCUUUGGAUAUGUCUUCUCUUCAAUCUUCAGACUCAUCCACAGGGAGCGGAGAACCGUUUCCAUGGAAACAGGCUGUCAGAAUGUCCCACUGUGCACCACCAUAUUGAAGGUAGCUUUCCCUGACGAAGUGGUGGGUCCUCUGUAUCUAUUCCCAACAGUCUACUUGGUGUUUCAGUUGUUGGAGGCGGCGAUGAUCAUCAUGCUGUUUAGGUGCUACCAAAGGUUCAAGAGAAAAGAGAAAGAAACUUACCAGGCUGCUGCCACUGGAGAGGAUCUGAAAGAGUCUGAUGAGUGAUGUCAAUUACCGCUCAUAUAUGUCUCUAUUAGCGUGCACUGUUACACCAAAGGGGCUCCAGAUGAAGUAACCAAAAAUAGCUUCCUUACAGCUUAAUGAACAAACAGAAAAAUGUGCAACUGUAUUUCUUGAUUAUAAAACAAUAUCGUUAUCUGAAACCUGUAAAUGUAUUAGUAACUUCAGUUAUAAAGCACUAAUGAAGA